UUCAUGUAUCCCAGCAACAUAUUGGACAAAGAAGAGGAGAUCGGAUAGAAAGGCUGUUCCUCCACUCAGGUGUCACACCCUCUUUCUCUGCUUAUCAGAAAUCUGUGUUAGUGGGCUUUCUUUGAUGGAUCCUGCAAGGAGUUGUGAUCUCUCAACCAACAUUUAGAAGCUUUGCAAAGUUGUGUCCUAGCUGUAAUGCAAUAUGACAUCACACUGGCUGUGUUCUGAUGCUUCUGUUAGUCAUGUAUUGUUCCUGCGUCGUGACAUCAUUACUGUGAUCUCUCUGAUGGUAGCAGUCUGAGGAAUGGUCUUGUUUAGAAGAUGAAGCACAAGAAGAAGAAGAAGAAGGAGCAACUCAGUGAAGCUUCCCAAUCCAGGGUAGGGUUAAGUUCCCGCCUUACUAUCCUCUCUCGGCAAUCAGGGGAGGCAACAACUCCACAGGCCCGUUUAUUCAGCGUCAGGCUGUGUGUGUUGGAGGCUGAAGAGAUCUUUACGGUGCCUGAAUGUUACCGUGACUUAACCAUAAAAAAUCUGAAGAGCCGACUAGAGCUCUUGGUUGGGAUCCCAGUGAAUUUUAUGCGACUCCACUAUCUGGAUGAAGUUGAUCUUAAUGAAGACUCUACAUUUAGGAGCAACGAUAUUAUCCCUGGAGGAACUCUGAUUUUGCGAAUCUGGUCAGAAGAUGCUUGGGGGCAUUUGGUGUCUGCAGCUGCAAUGGGAAUGAAAGAAAUGCUUGCAGGUGUAGGGGGUAUAAGCACUUCUGAAUUUACCACAGCCAAUGCAAGGCUGAUGGGACCAGAAAAGAGGGCUGAGUGGUUAGCCUACCGAACAUUUGUGGCCUUGUUCAUCACCGUGCGUAGGGGCCACAUGGAAGCUGUGGAAUUCCUGCUUGAGCAUGGUGUUGAUCUGACACUUAAAACACCGCUGGGGAGAACAGUCCUCCAUGUUGCUGUCACCUCCGGCAACAUUGCUUGUAUAGACCUUCUCAUUAUCUAUGGGGCCAAGGUCACUGAGGAAGACCAUGAAGGUUGUACCCCUUUGGACUUAGCUCGCCUGUGGGGUCAGAAGGAAUGUGAGCGGAGGCUCUUCCAGCACCAGUGGAAGUCGCGAACUGUGAGAACUCUCAAGCCAAAACUGGACUAGAGUGUGGGGUCAUUAUUCCAUGACUAGGAUGCAAAGCCACGACUCCACUGAAUGUUGUUCUCAGAAACAUGGACUCUUUGGUGGAUUGGCUACAAGAUUUUACUUUAUUCUUGAAAGGAAAAAAACAAAACAGUCACUUAAGGGAUGGCUGUAUGAAUGAGCUGCCAUCAUCUUUCUCAAGCAUAAGGAAAUUGCAUGAGUCACAAUAUGUCUACAAGGCAAUCUGUGGAAAAAGAUAGAAGGUACAUCUACACUGCAGAAUUAAGGAUGUUUGACACACAUUAACUGCCAUAGUUCAAUGCUAUGGAAUCCUCAGAUUUGUAGUUUGAUGAA